AUGUCUCCUCAAAUCCUCGAUAAUGCGCUGGGAGCGGUGGGCCACACACCCCUUAUUCGCCUAGAUAAGAUAGCUGCAUCGAAGGGUCUCAAAUGCAAUCUCUUGGGAAAGGUAGAAUUUAUGUCUGCUGGAGGGUCAGUAAAGGAUAGGAUUGCGAAAGCGAUGGUUGAGGCUGCUGAGCGGGAUGGGAAGCUUAUCCCCGGGAAGAGUGUCGUCAUCGAGCCAACCUCGGGCAAUACGGGAAUUGGCCUGGCGAUGGCUUGUGCUAUCAAGGGUUAUUCCGUUAUUAUAACCCUGCCAAACAAGAUGUCCUUAGAGAAAGAAGCGCUACUUCGUGCACUUGGCGCAGAAGUCGUCCGCACACCCACGGAAGCUGCCUGGGACUCGCCCGAAAGUCAUAUAGGAGUGGCCAAGAGGUUACGUCGAGAAAUACCGCAUAGCAUCAUUUUGGACCAGUACUGCAACGUGAACAACCCUCUUGCGCAUGAAUAUACAACCGGCCCAGAAAUUAUUGAAGCUGUCGUCUCGACGCCAUCGACGUCUUCGCGACCCUCGACUGAGAAGGUCGAUGUCAUGGUAGCAGGUGCUGGAACUGGCGGCACAAUCACUGGUAUCUCAAGAGCUAUCAAGAGAACACAUAACAAAGAUUGCAUAGUUGUCGGUGUCGAUCCUAAAGGAAGCAUUCUUGCUUUCCCAGACACUUUGAACGCUGCAGACGAAGGUGCUCAGUAUAUCGUUGAGGGAAUCGGCUACGACUUCAUCCCGGAUGUGCUCUCUCGUGAUCCUACGCAUGUCGAUGUAUGGGUCAAGUCCUCGGAUGAAGAAUCUUUCGCUGCUGUGCAAACGCUGAUGAGAUCCGAGGGGCUGUUGGUCGGGGGAAGCAGUGGAAGCUCCCUCAGCGGGGCAUUGAGGUGGCUGGUCACUGCGGAAGGGCAGAAAGUUGCCAAUACGCCAGGAAAGAACGUCGUUGUCCUGCUUCCCGACGGCAUCAGGAAUUACAUGAGUAAGCCGUGGUUUCUUCAGAUUGCAAUGGAAGGGGAGCCCUCCCAUUUGGCAGGCAUUAUAGCGCAGGCGUUGCAGAAACCUGCUGAGAUUCCAAGAGACGAGGCGACGUUGUCAGUCAAGCCCGCGGAAGCGCAAGCACGGGUGCCUAGUCCUGCUCCUGCUUCUCACCAACUUAUUUAGUAAUCGGUUGCUUCGUGUCACUAUUCCUUCCAUAUAUUAGAUGAGAUUCAAGUCUGUAUUCGCCAAGGACGCCUUCUGCUGUGUUAUAUAUUACUGGUAUGAUAGGGUAUUACUCAACAUAACCCUAAGUUUUCCACGUCUAAGUAAGAGGAGUAUGGUGUGGGGCGACCAGAAGAGCAAUGAGAAUUUCGUCAUCACGAAAUUCUCGCGUCUUUGAGACGGCCAUCCGACUGUUGAUUAGACAGACAGAAUUCGUUCAUAUUGGCACUGCAACAGAACCGAUAACAGUAUGGAUGCAUAUUGCA